AUAAUCCAUUGAUCAUCUGUGGAUCUGUGAAAAAAUUUUGUUUCUUUUUGUCCAAAGUGAAAGUAUUACUCGUCAACAUCGCAUCAUCAUCAUUUAGAAAGUUUUUCUUUUCUGGAUUUGAAGAAGAAACAACAACAACAAAAUAUUUCUUGUUUGUUUGCUUAGUUCGGGUGUUUUAGUUUGUGUUUUAACAACAACAAAAAUGAUUGGAAGAAUAUUCUUUCAUUUGUUCAUUAUAUUCUGUUUGAUUCAAUUCGCAAGGUCGAAAUUGUAUCCAAUUGAAUUUCGUUUACCUUUGUUGGGUUUUCAACCACCACCCGGUACACCAUGGCCAAAACCACGUUCAAUCAACACUACUGAAAGAUUAUUUUCAAUCGAUCCAAAUCGUUUAACAUUUACAACAAAUUUAAAUGAAGAAAAUUGUUCAGUUAUUUCGCAAGCAUUAGAACGUUAUAAAAAUAUCAUUUUAAUUGAUCCACGUUAUCAACCCGAACCACAUCAUACUGUUAUUGAAAAUGUACAUGUUUUCAUUUCGAAUGAUACUGAUUGUUCAUAUCCAUCAUCAAAUAGUUCAGAAGGAUAUUCAAUUUGGUUACCACAUCCUGAACGUUUAGAUCAAGCAACCAUUUCAGCGGAUUCAGUUUGGGGUGCAUUACGUGCAUUAGAAACAUUAUCACAAUUAAUCUUUACGAAUGAUGAUCAUCAAUUAUUAGUUAAUCAAACUGAAAUACAUGAUUUUCCCCGUUAUAAUUAUCGUGGUAUACUUUUAGAUUCAGCACGUCAUUUUCUACCAAAACGUGUUAUAUUAGCCAAUCUAGAUGCAAUGGCAAUGAAUAAAUUUAAUGUAUUUCAUUGGCAUAUUGUUGAUGAUCAAAGUUUUCCAUUUGAAUCGAAAAAAUAUCCAAAUAUAAGUGAAAAAGGUGCCUAUUCAAAACGUCAUGUUUAUACAACGGAUGAUAUACAGGAAAUUAUUGAAUAUGCACGUAUGCGUGGUAUACGGGUGAUACCUGAAUUAGAUACCCCUGGUCAUACACAUGCAAUGGCAAGAGCAUUUCCAGAUUUAUUAACACCUUGUUAUGGUGAUGGUAUUCAUCCACACAUACCACGUUAUCCAUUUUUUUCCGAAUCAGAAGUAUUGAAUCCAAUGCUAAAUUUUACAUUUAAAUUUAUGCAUGAUAUGUUUGAUGAAUUUCGUCAUACAUUCAAAGAUAAUUAUAUACAUUUAGGUAUGGAUGAAGUUAGUUAUGAUUGUUGGCGUUCAAAUCCAGAAAUCAUUCGAUUUAUGCGAUCGAAUGGUAUGACUGAUUUUCAUCAUUUAGAACAAUUUUAUAUUGAACAAACAUUACGUAUGGUACGUGAUGUUGGUUAUAAAUAUCUAAUGUAUCAAGAUCCAGUUGAUAAUGGUGUUGAAUUAUCCGAUGAUUCGGUGGUUAUUGUUUGGAAAGAUAAAUAUCUUGAUUCAUCAAUGGAUUUUUGGCAAAAUUAUAUACAUAAUGUUGCUAAACGUGGUUACAAAAUGAUACUAUCCGCUUGUUGGUAUUUAAAUUAUAUAUCAUAUCCAUAUCCGGGAAAUGAUUGGGAAAAAUAUUAUAUGUGUGAUCCAAGAAAUUUUAGUGGUACUGAUGAUGAACGUGAUCUGGUUAUUGGUGGUGAAGCAUGUAUGUGGGGUGAAUUUGUUGAUGGUACAAAUUUAUUAUCACGUUUAUGGCCACGUGCAUCAGCUGUUGCUGAACGUCUUUGGAGUGAUCCCGAACAAACACAAGAUAUUGAUACAGCAAGAUUACGUUUAGAUCAACAUCGUUGUCGUAUGUUACGGCGUGGAAUACCAGCAUCACCAAUAUUGAAUGGUUAUUGUGGUGAUUAUGAAUGGGAAAUGAAUGAUGAUAUACCACGACCAAAUAAUGGACAAAAUGGUUUGAAUGGUAUUUUACAAUCAUUGAUGCGUUUAUUUCGUUAAAUAUUUGAUGCUGAUGAUGAUCCAAAAAAAUGAUCAUUUUUUACAAAAAAAAACCUCAAAAACAAAGCAUUGAUUAAUUAACUUAUU